UCGGGCGAGAGCGGGACCCCCGUUGUGAUGAUGCACGGGAUGGGCGACUUCGCGAACAACCCGAUGGGCAUGGUGCCCCUGCGCAAGCUCAUCGCCCAGAAGGCGAGCGCCUACGUGGCCAGCGUGGCGCUGUGCUCGAACAAGACCCAGCUGGCCAACUGCGACCAGGAGGACCAGAUGAACGGCUUCUCCAUGGUGAUGGACGACGAGGCGGACGAGCGGGAGUGA